UUUUGCCGGUAACGUCAUCAAUUUGCUAGUUUACGUUUAAAAUAGAUUUCUUGAAGACGUUCAUUCAUUUCUUUCUCAAUCGCGUUAAGCAUAAGAUUCGAGGCACACGCUGUUAUCAGUAGAUAAACCAGAAAACAACACUUUACAAAAUGUCCCUUAGGCAAACCAUUUAUACUAUAAAACCAAGGGCAAUGUCAUGGUGGUCCCAGGUGGCUAUGGGCCCCCCAGAUGCCAUUUUGGGGGUAACUGAAGCCUUUAAAAGCGACACCAACCCCAAAAAAAUCAAUUUGGGUGUGGGUGCUUACAGGGAUGACGAUGGAAAACCAUUUGUUCUCCCCAGUGUGAAAAAAGCUGAGGAAGUCAUUAGAUCUAAGAAUUUAGAUAAAGAAUAUGCACCAAUUUCAGGCACAGCUGACUUCUGCAAAAGAAGCAUUGAGUUAGCAUUGGGUGAGGGUUCUGAAGUCGUUGCUAAUGGUUGUAAUGCAACCGUUCAGGGUAUUUCGGGGACUGGAUCAUUGAGGAUUGGAGGUGCCUUUUUAAAUGCAUACUUCCCAGGGAACAAGACUGUUUAUUUGCCUACACCUUCCUGGGGCAAUCAUACACCUAUUUUUAAACAUUCUGGACUUGAUGUUAAGAGUUAUAAAUAUUAUGACCCCAAGACUUGUGGUUUGGACUUUAGUGGAGCCCUAGAUGACAUUUCGAAAAUGCCAGAAAAAUCCAUAAUCCUCCUCCACGCGUGUGCCCACAACCCCACCGGAGUGGACCCCAACAAAGAACAAUGGGCCGAGCUAUCGCAACUCAUCAAGAAAAAAAAUAUCUUCACAUUCUUCGACAUGGCCUACCAAGGUUUCGCAACCGGCAGCGUUGACAACGACGCCUACGCCGUCAGGUUGUUCGUCAAAGACGGCCAUAAGAUCGCCUUGGCCCAAAGUUACGCUAAAAACAUGGGUCUCUAUGGGGAAAGAGCAGGUGCCUUCAGUAUUAUUGGAGACAGCAAGGAAGAGGCUAGCAGGGUGAUGUCGCAAAUCAAGAUUUUAAUCCGUCCAAUGUACUCGAGUCCUCCCAUCAACGGGGCCAAAAUCGUUUCCGAAAUUCUGGGAAACCCAGCGUUGAGAGCCGACUGGCUUCAAGACGUGAAACUGAUGGCCGACAGAAUCAUAAGCAUGCGCACUUCACUGCGCGAUAAUUUGAAAAAAGAAGGCUCCUCUGUCAACUGGGAACACAUCACCAACCAAAUUGGAAUGUUCUGCUUUACCGGAAUGAAACCAGACCAAGUCGCCAAAAUCACCAAAGACUUCAGUGUAUAUUUAACCAAGGACGGACGAAUUUCAAUGGCUGGUGUAACCAGUAAAAACGUGGAAUACCUUGCUCAUGCCAUGCAUACUGUCACCAAGUAAAUUAAGUCAAAAACUAUGUCGAGCAUUUAGUGUAUUCUUAAAAAGUAUUCUACCAAAGAUAUAUUUUAUCAGCACUGGUCCACUUGCUCACACUUUGCAUUUUUAUGUGUUACUGUUAAAGAUUAAAAUUAAAGCUUAUACAUUAUGAAAUAAAGUUUUAUUUAAAGUACAAAAUAAAUGUUGUCUCACUUCUCCUUCUUCUCGUGCAACAGGGAAUUGUGCAAUUUAGUUACUUCAUUUUCAACUAAAUUGUGCACAACUUGCCCGUUAACAUCAACAAAGUUAGCUACACUCUUAAUUGAUUUGGCUUCCCUUUUGGAUCCUAAUUUACCAUCCUUAUAGGUCAAGAUUA